AUGACACGUCCUUUGCUGUGCACAAGACGUCCAUAUCAUGACGACGGUGUUUACGGCUAUCGAGUGGCCAAAGAGUACAAAAUGCCAGACUAUAAUCAGGAAGAACUCGCCAAUCGUAUGGAAAAUGGCAGCUUGCUGCGCUUUGUCCAAGCCUACCGAACCUAUGGCCAUAAAGGCGCUCAUCUCGAUCCAUUGAAUAUUAUGCAAAAAGAAGAAGUCCUCAGUUUGAAACCCGAACGCUACGGGUUAUCGGACAAGAACAAAGUGUACAAUCUCUCAGGUAUCUUGCAUGUCAACGAAGCUCAGCAUGACGGUGCUCGUCGAGAAGAGGCUGAUUUCAAAGCCAUUCUCGAUCAUUUGAACAAUGUCUAUUGCGGGAAAAUUGCCUAUGAAUUCAUGCACCUUCCAUCCGCAAGCGAGCGAAGAUGGUGGUACCAUGCUGUCGAAUCUUGGAACAAACCGCAACUGACGGCAAACCAAAAGAAACGGAUUCAUGAGUUGCUGGCCAAAUCAGAGAUCUUUGAUCAUUACCUCGCCAAGAAAUUCCCAAAUGUCAAGCGAUAUGGUUUGGAAGGCGCAGAAAGCAUGAUGGUAGCUCUUGAUCGCCUGUUUGAACUAUCAGCCAAAGAGGGCGUGAGCGAUCUGGUCAUAGGAAUGCCACAUCGUGGUCGACUCAAUUUGUUGUGUGAUUUAUUGGAACUUCCCCACGCUGCACUGUUUCACAAGUUGAAAGGCAAUUCGGAACUACCCGAAGACACCUUUAGUUCAGGCGAUGUUAUCUCCCACUUGAUUAAUAAUCCUGACUUGGUCUAUGGCAGCGACAAGGUUCAUGUUUCAUUGCUCAGCAACCCUUCGCAUCUGGAAGCCGUGAAUCCUGUAGCCAUGGGAAAGGCGAGAGCGAAACAAACGGCGCUAUUGUCUUCCGCCGAUCCUUCUUGUAACCUCGGAGAUCGCGUCAUGUGCGUCCAAAUCCAUGGUGAUGCGGCAUUUACUGGCCAAGGUGUUGUUACUGAAUCGUUCUGUUUGUCCAACUUGCCUCACUAUUCUUCCGGCGGCUCGGUUCACAUUGUCGUCAACAAUCAACUUGGUUAUACAACACCAGCACAAAAUGCACGUUCCUCAGCCUACUGCUCUGAUAUUGGCAAAAUGAUCAAUGUUCCUGUGGUUCAUGUCAAUGGCGAUUUCCCAGAAGACGUGGCUCGCGCCAUGGAUCUUGUGUGUGAAUACCGUAACAAGUUUAAAAAGGAUAUCAUUCUGGAUCUGAUGUGCUACCGACGUUGGGGACAUAAUGAGUUGGAUGAACCUGCAUUUACGCAACCACUCAUGUACAAUACCAUCCGUCCUCGUGUGUCUGUCGCUAAACUUUAUGAACAAAAAUUGCUGGCUGAAAAGACCCUGGCUUCCGAAGCCGAUGCCGAAGCUCUGCGUCAAGAGGAACUACAGAAACUCGAUCAAAGCCUCAAAGAAGCCGAAUCCUACAAACCAAGUUCCGAUUAUCACUUGCAUGGAAAUUGGCGUGGUAUGCAACAUAUCACGACUGGUCAGCCUACCGAAACGAUGACUGGCGUUGACAUUGAAGAGUUGCGAGCCAUCGGUCGCCAAUCUGUGACACCACCGGAAGACGUUCAGGUCCAUCCUCGUCUUCGCAAAUAUCAUGUGGAUUCUCGUCUGAAAAAGUUGGAGCAAGGUAAAGGCAUUGACUGGGCUACCGGUGAAGCCUUGGCUUUUGGUUCCCUGUUGAAGGAGGGUUACGAUGUGCGUAUUUCGGGACAAGACGUUGGUCGCGGCACCUUUUCCCAGCGUCAUGCCAUGUUUGUAUCGCAGGACACUGAGAAAGCUGUGAUUCCACUCAAUAAUUUAAGCAGCCACCAAGGCUUAUUGGAGGUUGCCAAUAGUCCGUUAUCCGAAUUUGCGGUGCUUGGCUUUGAAUAUGGCAUGUCGAUCGAGUCGCCUAAUCGUUUAGUGUUGUGGGAAGCUCAAUUUGGUGACUUUUUCAAUGGCGCUCAAAUCACUAUUGAUACCUACAUCUCUAGUGGCGAGGAGAAAUGGCUUCGACAGAGUGGACUCGUCAUGCUGUUACCCCAUGGUCAAGAUGGUGCCGGUCCCGAGCAUUCAUCCAGUCGCGUGGAACGCUUCUUGCAGGUAAGAAAAAAGUUUGAAAAAGUAAAACAAUAA